AUGGCAAGCUCCGGCGCGGCGAGGCCGGCCGUGAGCCGCGUGCUGCAGCGGUGCCAGCCGUUCUCCUCGAGCAUCAGCUGCGCUGCUCCGGUGACCACAUGGCGAACCCUGGCGAGGCCGAGCACGGCAGCAGCUCUACCUGCAGCAGCCGCCCAGGCAACGACACAACAGCUGCGUCUCCUGUCCAUCUCGAUGCCGCUCCAGAAGCGACGCACCACGCGCGACAACAACAGGCUCCGAGGCCAGUCCACCAUCCACCGCAGCGGCAUCAGACGCCCGCUCUCCGUGUCGGACGAGGAGCUCCCCCAGCCGGUACAGGACGAGGGCGUGGGCAAGAUGCGCGAUGAGGACACGGAUCCCGACCACGGUCUCUGGGGCUUCUUCUACGACAAGCAGCUCCUCCCAACGCCCAAGCAGCUCUCGGCCCACGGCCGCUCGUGGACGGUGCAGGAGCUCCGAGGCAAGAGCUGGGAGGACUUGCACGCUCUGUGGUGGACGUGCUGCCGAGAGCGCAACCGCAUCGCUACUGCCAUGAAGGCCAGACAGCUGAUUGGCAUCAAAAAAGACAAUCCUAAUGAUGAGGCGGAAGCCAGGGGCAAAACUGUCAACAAGACUAUGCAGGCCAUCAAACAUGUUCUGACAGAGAGGUUCUACGCCUGGGAGGAUGCGCGAAAGCUGGCCAUGGAAGACCCCGAGAUCAACCUGAGCGGAAAAGGCCCGAUCUACACACCGUCUCUCCACUUUGAGAGCGCAGACACAUCAUACAUUGAAGAACCUGCUGUCGACCAUCUGGAGACACCAGAGACACCCGGCCAAGAGAAGGUCGGGGAGGCGUCGCUAGCUAGGGGUGUCGAUCCGUCCACUAUUCCCCCGAACGAAACCGCUAAGCCAGUCACAGAUGCAACAAGAUCAUCCUAG